GCGGCGGCUCGGGGAGCCGGCGCGAAUCCGGCCCCCGGUGCGGGACCCGGGCAGGUCUGGAAGAGCCCCGCCUGGGCCCAGGUGUGCAGAGGAUGGAAACGCUCCUCCGGCAAUGUCUCUGGGCCGCCUCCUUCGCCGGGCCUCCUCCAAAGCCUCGGACCUCUUGACCCUCACCCCCGGUGGCAGCGGUGGGCCCCCUUCCGUCCUGGAUGGGGAGAUCAUCUACUCCAAGAACAAUGUCUGCGUGCACCCGCCGGAAGGGUUGCAGGGGCUCGGGGAGCACCACCCAGGUUACCUGUGCUUGUACAUGGAGAAGGAUGAACUGCUGGGGGCCACCCUCAUCCUCGCAUGGGUCCCCAACUCCCGGAUCCAGAAGCAGGACGAGGAGGCGCUGCGUUACAUCACCCCAGAGAGCUCCCCCGUGCGCAAGGCACCCCGCCCUCAGGGCCGGCGUACCCAGAGCUCGGGGGCCCCCCCUCCGCCGUCCCCCAUGGAGCCCAGGCCCACCCUAAUCCCCAGAGAUGAGGACAUCCUGGUGGUGGCCCAGAGCAUCCGAGACCCCGAGCGUGUCAGCCCUUCGCCCGAGGAUGGGGAGAAGUUGGCCCUGGGCUUGGGGACAGACAGCUCCCUCCUGGCCUCUCAGCCAGCCCACAGCGACUCGGGAAUCUUGUCGGCGGUCAGUUCGCAGGACGGGACGGAAGAGGGCCGGGAACUGCGACCUGAGGCGGGCGAGGAGGAGGGCUCCUUGGAGCUGUCGGCCGAGGGCGUGAGCAGGGCCAGCUCCUUCGACUCGGACUCAGAGGCCUUCUCUUCACCCUUCUGCCUCUCGCCCAUCAGCGCCGCCCUCGCAGAGAGCAGCAGCUCCGUGUUCCUGGAGAGCGAGAGCGGCUCCCCCUCCAGCGUGGACGCCCACCUGCAGUUCCCGGACAGCAGUGGCCUCCUGCAGCCCCCGCGCUGGGACGAGCCGCAGCGGGCCUGCGCCUUGGAGCAGAUCUGCGGUGUGUUCCGAGUGGACUUGGGUCACAUGCGCUCCCUCCGCCUCUUCUUCAGCGAUGAGGCCUGCACCAGCGGCCAGCUGGUCGUCGCCAGCCGGGAAAGCCAGUACAAGGUGUUCCACUUCCACCACGGUGGCCUGGACAAGCUGCCCGACGUGCUUCAGCAAUGGAAAUACUGCGCAGAGACGCACCUCAAAGACCAGGUCGCCGACGAAAAGACGUGCAUGCAGUUCUCCAUUCGGCGUCCCAAACUGCCGUCUUCCGAGACGCACCCCGAGGAGAGCAUGUACCGACGGUUGGACGUCGCGGCCUGGCUCCGCCACCUGAACGCGCUGGGCCAGGUGGAGGAGGAGUACAAGCUCCGCAAGGCCAUUUUCUUCGGCGGCAUUGAUGUGUCAAUCCGGGGGGAGGUCUGGCCCUUCCUGCUGCGUUAUUACAGCCACGAGUCGACGUCGGAGGAAAGGGAGGCGCUGCGGAUGCAGAAGAGAAAGGAAUACGCCGAGAUCCAGCAGAAAAGGCUCUCCAUGACCCCUGAAGAGCACAGAGCGUUCUGGCGGAACGUGCAGUUCACCGUGGACAAGGAUGUGGUACGGACAGAUCGAAGCAACCAGUUCUUCCGAGGAGAAGGCAAUCCCAAUGUGGAGAGCAUGAGGAGGAUCCUGCUGAACUAUGCGGUGUACAACCCAGCCAUCGGCUACUCCCAGGGCAUGUCGGACCUGGUGGCACCCAUCCUGGCCGAGGUCCUGGACGAGUCAGACACCUUCUGGUGCUUUGUGGGUUUGAUGCAGAACACGAUCUUUGUCAGCUCUCCUCGGGAUGAGGACAUGGAGAAACAGCUGCUGUACCUGCGGGAGCUGCUGCGGCUGACGCACCUGCGCUUCUACCAGCACCUGGUCUCACUGGGCGAGGAUGGCCUGCAGAUGCUCUUCUGCCACCGCUGGCUGCUGCUGUGCUUCAAGCGGGAGUUUCCCGAGGCUGAGGCUCUGCGGAUCUGGGAGGCCUGCUGGGCCCACUACCAGACGGAUUACUUCCACCUUUUCAUCUGUGUGGCCAUCGUGGCCAUCUACGGGGAUGACGUCAUUGAGCAGCAGCUGGCCACCGACCAGAUGCUUCUGCACUUUGGAAACCUGGCCAUGCACAUGAAUGGGGAGCUUGUUCUCAGGAAGGCAAGGAGUUUGCUCUAUCAGUUUCGCCUCCUGCCGCGGAUCCCCUGCAGCCUGCAUGACCUGUGCAAGCUGUGUGGGACUGGCAUGUGGGACAGUGGUUACAUGCCCGCCGUGGAGUGCACAGGCCAGCACCCGGGGUCUGAGAGCUGCCCAUACGGGGGCACUGUGGAGACGCCUUCGCCCAAGCCCCCCAGAGAAGGCAGGAAGGGCCCAAAGACGCCCCGGGAAGGCUUCGGUUUCCGCAGAUAGGUUGGGCUCCCUGUGCCAGACGAGGGGUGAGGGAACCUCAGCCAGGUCCCAAGCAUGGGGGAGGGGGUGGGGCUGGGCUUGGAGGGGAUGGGAUGGUAGAAACGGAAGGAAAAUGCCCUUGGGCGGCAUGAAGGGAAACUUUUCAUAUUAAGGACAAAAGUGGAGUCCAGAAGUGACAGAAGUGGAACCCGCCAGCUGCCCAGAGAAAAGUCACCUCCCAAAAAAGCGGGACCAAAAUGCACGGCCAUCCCACCUGGACACGCAGGCUGGCUGGGUUCUCGUGUUGCCUGCCUUUGAUGGAUCUCCACACGUCCCAGGAAUUCCUCCAGCUUCAUCAGCCACCGAAGGGUAUUGCCAGGCAUUGGGAAAGGCAGAGACAGAAGGAGAGGUCUUGUGCACCCACCAGUGCCGGGGAGUGCAGAACAAGGGGGUCCUGUCCAGGCCCAGAGACAUCUUUGCAAGCCGGACACACCCGCCUCAUCAGGCUUCAUUCUCUGAAAGAACCAAACAUACUCCACAGCUUCUCCAGCCACAGCUGCAAAGCUGAUAUGAAGACAUCUGCCCCCCAUUCCCCCGCCAAAAAAAGCCCCACUGAUUUCAGGGUAAAGAGGUGUAAGAGCAGCGGACUGGGGGCUUUCACACUGUCCAUUUCAACAGCCUGUCCUCUUGGUAUGUGAAGGAAUCUGCUGCCUGAGCACAGGCUGUUGAAAUGUUGGAUUUCUCUCCCUUUGUUGGGGAAUGUCUGCAUUUGGCAUUGUUUAAGGCCAACCUCACCAAAUACUGCAACCAACUGGGGUCUGGAUGGGUUGAGGUGUGUGUGUGUGCACGCAAAAUCCUCUGAAGGGAAUCUGCAAUGUUUGAGGGAAGGGGUACUAUAUUAACUGACCAACCAAGACAAAGGCACCUGAAAGUGCUAGAAAGACUCCCACUUCCCUGCAGGGCCUGCAUUCUGCCAUGAAUGCCAGUCUUCUGUAAGUCAGCUCCUCAGGUGGUUGGACGCAAGAGUGGCCACAGUACAGUAGCCGUCACUCAGGGCAGCUCUGCUUUCUGCGUGGGAACCAGGUCUUCCCAGCCAGCUCUCCCUGCUCCCACAGAUUCUCGUCAGUUGCUCCUUCUGGGAUUUAGAGAAGGACAGAUAAGGGCAUGGGAGGGCUCCCAGCCAGUGUAAAGCGGUGGAGCCAUUGGCACAGGAAGCCACCUCUUGAACUGGCAGGAGCAAGGAGGCUGGAAUCGUUCCUUGAAUCCUCCUGCACAUUCUUCUGGGGAGAAAAAUUCCUGACGUGCUGAGAGUCAUUGUGGAGACACAGCCCGACUAAGGCUUCUUCCUGCCCUCAGCUUUUCUCACUGAGAGUUGACGCUGCUGGAUGGCGCCACUUUAAAAAGAUGUUUAUCAACAGGAAAGAGGAAGUUAUCAGCCUCCUCCCUUCUCAGCUUCUCUCUUCUCCAUGAGCCCAAGUCCUCCAGCAGGCAGGAGACUGACACUGGUACUUCCAAGUUCCUGGCCCCUCUGUCCAAGAGCCUUUCAGAGAGACCAUCCUGGAGCCCCAUCAGUGCCCAGAUCUUAGGGUACUGACCAUUAUAGUCCAGCAGCAGGAUCCAGGCUGGAUGGGGGUAGACUUGUGCUCUGUUUCUGGGGAAAGAAGAUUGCCUUUCCAUCUGGAGGAUGGCUCCUGAUCCAUUAUGGAAAUGGCUUGAGUUACCCAGGCACUAUGUUGACCCUCCUCUAGAGACCACAUCCCCAUGAACAGGCGUAACAGUUAUCCAUUGCCACAGUAAUGCUACAUAACAAUAGCCCCCAAACAUGGUGGCCUCAACUAGCACACACUUACCUAGCACAUGAGUCUGUGGGGCAGCAGCUCAAGCUGGGCAUUUCUGGUCAGGGUUGGGCUUGCUCCCAUGCCUGGAGCUGUUAAGUCCCAGGGGGGUGCUCACACAUGUCGAGGUGUGUAGAGGUCAGACUUGGCUCUGCUCUGUGCUUCUUGCAUCCUUCCUGCAAGCCAGUCCUGGCCAAGGCGAAGGUGCAGAAUCAGAAGUGUACAGGCACCUUCCCAAGCCUUGACAGAUGCCCCCCGUGCUGCCACCCCAGUGGCCAAAGCAAGUCACAUGGCCAGACUCAGCAUCUAGGGAUGGGGAAAUGGACCCUCCCCUGCAGUAAGAGAAGUGACAUGGCGAGGGACUGGGAUUCAGGGAGGGGUGAGGAACUGGGCGGCUGGUACGGGGCUGGAAGAGUCUACCAGCACCACAACAAAGUCCUGGUCCAGAUAACACUGUUUUGGAGCUCACCUUCUACCAGGGGCGUGACUUCCCCUGAAGGGGCAGGAGAUGCCUAAGAGGAGAAAGAGUGCUCCCCCCUCAUCCUCCGUAGCAGAAGAACGUCCGUGCAUUUUACUAUACCUUGUGCCUUUGGGUUGCUGUGUGCAGGGUGGAAGGAGAGGGGUCCCAGGCUCCCUCACUUUGGAGGGUCCUGGGUGGAAAGUGCUCAUUCUGAAGCUCCCAGCUCCCACAGCCCCUCACCCCCACGGCUCCCCAGGACCCUCCCACCUCUCACCCUAUGGGCUGGGUGAGGUCCCAGUGAGAUCUGGGCCUCCUGGAGCAGCCAGGACCUCGAAAGCUGAAGACCUGGGUGUGUGGGCUCUGCGAGGUCCCGCUGCUCCGGAGGGAUGGAGAAGGCCCGCCCCUGCACGGCUCCCUUAAUCUGGAUGCAAUUAGAGGAAACCAGCCAAAAACCCUGCGGCAGCUGUUGCCUCAGGAUUAUUCCCAGCCAGCAAAAGGCAUUAGGGUGAUAAUUCAGUCAUUAGACUUUUAGCCUUCCCACCGCCAGAACGUGCAAAUACAGGAUAAUCAGCCCAGCACGGCCAUCCUCGGCGAUACUGCUUAUUUAACCCAUUUUUUUAAAAUGACACUUAAUGUUAUUGGCUGGGGUGCGUGUGCAUGCAUACUUAAAAGUUUCCCCACCGCUAGUGUCUGUGCUGACGUUACAUGAUGUCGUCGGGGCCUCUGGGAAGAGAGGGCACCUUUGAUGCGCAUGUGCUGGCACAGUGAGGGCAGUGGGGCAGGGACUCACAAGCCCAGUGGGGCUUCACCCUCUCAGGGAAGGUGGAUGAUGGCAGGAUGAAGCUGGGUGUGGGGAAGGUGGGCAUAUAGUGGGGUCAGGGUCUGGUUAAGUACAGAGGGGAACAGUGUGCUAUUCCAGAAGGUUCUGACUUAAGUCCCAGCAGGGGAGACUUGGAACACACAAGUCAAGGGAAUUGGAGUUCUUGAGCCAAUUAGAGGGGUGGGGAUAGGCAGGCUGGGAGGGGUCCCCAGCCCAUCUCUGCAGAGGAGGAGGGUCUGCAGUCCAGAGGGCAGUUCCAUUGGCGGCCUUGGUCUGGAUGCCAUCAGCAGGCAGCGCUGUGUUGUCCUGAUCGGCUGAGUGUCAGGCAGGACAGAGAGUUUUGAAUCCAGGACCUUUGAGUUUUCUGUAAAAUCCUGCUGGGGGCAGACAGCUGGACAGGAUGAAGAUGCUGGUCCUGAAAUGAGGGCAGUGGCUGGCAAAGGUCACCCAGCUCUGACCUUUGAUGGGUAGGAAAUGGGGCAAAAUCUGUGGACCACAGUGGGGGACCUCUGUGGCUCUCCCCUCGGUUUUUUGUGAGGUCCCUCUGAGCUCUCUUGUCUGCUUCUUGUUCGGUAGAAAUAGCUGGGAGGAGGGCAGCCCCCAGGGUGGUGGGAAUCUGCUCAUGGCUGUGCCCUGCACCUGCGGAAGCUUCCAUCCUCUGUUUGGCCUCCCCUCCGCCAUGCAGGGAGGCUGGAGGGUGGCAGGAGCGCCUGGGUUCACCCGGCGAGAGAAGGAAGCCUCUUACAGUUUGUUUGCCCAGCAGAGGCCCCCAGAGGCCGCCCCGCCUCAGAGGAAGGAGGAGGAGUUUCCCUGGGAAACCCCACACACGUGCAGAGGUGCAGCCCUAGACCGGCCUGCAAGCUGUGCCACAAACCCAUAGCAAAGGGAAGGAGCCUGCGGGUCUGGCCUGAGGCCAGGCGCUUCCUCUGGAGACCCUGGGGAACCAGAUGGCCCAGGAUCUGAUUAGCCCUGGGUUUCUAAGCCAGGCUGCAAGGCCAUCCCUCGAAGUGAAAGCAUUCUCUCCCGCCCGUCCUUGGCUCAGAGGGAACUGCCCCCAAAGUUGUGAAGCCUAAGAACAGGGCUCCCCUACAGAGGUUGCGCAGUGCUGCGUGGAAGGAAGACGCUUACCUAGGGGUCAGGAACCUGGUUCUUGUCCUGCCUCUGACCCUUCCCAGGUGCGUGACCUUCCUGCACUCUGAGCCUCAGUUCCCUCAUCUGUAGAAUGAACGGCGCUGCCCUCCCAGCCCACCUCACAGGACUGCCGUGGGGACUCUCCAGGUGAAGCUGUCAUGAAGAUGCUUUACCAGCCCCGGGGGCUUCACCUGCCACUCAGGGAAGAGACCACUGACCUUGGCCUUGCAGCCUUGGCGGAAAGGCAGCAUGCUCCCAACCCGAGAGCUCGCCCUGCUUUGAGAGUCAGCAAACCCGCUCCCUUGUACACGUCCACUUUGCUGCAUGUCCCCGACUAAGGGGGACCUCUCUGUGCCUUUUCUGUGAAAUUCACCCCAUGCCACCCCACUCCUGCCAUGAGGAUAACCAACCAUAAGCCAUGACCUUGGUGACCCCGAGAGAUGUGUCUGUGUGCCAUGUGCCCAGCUCUGCAUCAGGGAUGAGGUCCAGGCCUCGGACCCCCACAGCUGUGAAACCCACUCAAGCAGGGGGCUGUGGCCUCCUGGGUCAGGCUGUAGAGACUGGAGAGGGGUGUCCCUGGGCCUCUUGGGGGCAGGGCGGGCAUGCAAACAGCCUGCAGGCGUCUGGCCGUUAAACACAUUGUGCUGAAUUUCUAGGUAGGAAAGUACAUUUCAAGUUCAGAGAUCAAGUCACUUGGUCAUCUUCUCUCCAGCACCUUGUGUUAGUCAGAGGCCAGGGUUUCUGUUGUUUAAGGGAAAGUUUAAUGAAAUUCCCACCAUUACCAAGAGAUUACUGAUGUCCGUGGUUAGCAUUCGUUCUGUGUAUUUCAUUUUGUUUUCUUUUUUAAAUACAAUCGCCCACUGGUCAGGCCAUGCCCCAGGCUCGGGACUGGCCACCCAGACCCCAGGGGCCACGGCCCCCACUGUGCUUCUGGCUCUCAUGGAUUCCACUGCAAAGUAAAUAAAAUCAUAUUGACAACAAACAUACGCUCUACGGCGCCUCUAAGAAAAGGUCCAGCGAGAGUUAGGUCAGAAUGUGGCAGGUCCCAGUGCUGGGUGAAGGGGGCUCCCAUAGAAGAGCAAGGAGGACCGGAGGGCUGGCCAGCGGCACAGCAGGCCCUGCUCUGGGGAGCCUGGCUGCAGGCCCAGGGGUGCAUCAGGCAUCUGAAGGGGACGGGGCGCUCGGCCUGCAGCAGGGAGGAGCUGCUCGCCACCAAGGUGGAGAGGUAGUAGGAAAGUCCCUGUGAACUCCAGUGACCAGGGGCCUCAAGACUGGCCCCAGCACCUGGAAACACAGUGUUUUAUUGAGACUUGGCUGCCAGGGCUCUGAUUUCAGGAAAAGCCGAAGACUUGCAUUUGUGAACUUUUUACGGAGGCAAAGAAAAUGAAUUUGACCUUGUUAAGGGUGGGAGUUAAAGGAAGAAUUCAGGCAUCAGCUUCUCUCAUCUCCAUCCCCUGGAGCCCUACAAUAGGGAACAUGCCCCAGGGAUUACAGGGAGGUGGGCAAGGGGGCUGGGGCCUGUCCUGGUUCUCCUGGACCGUGCUGGUGGGUGGAGGGCUCCCAGCCCUAACACGUGCCUGUGGGAUUGCGAGCUGGUUUUCUGUGGUUUUGUGUGUACCUUUUCGUCCCUUUGCGUGAGAGGGGAGGAGGGUGCAUAUGCCGCCCUCCUGCAUGUCUGCACCCCUGGGGGUCUCGUGUCUGCAGGGUCUGUCUCAUCCUCCACCCACCUGGCCUUGGCUGAGACGACAGAGAGCUUUGUCACCCGUUCUCUGCAGGCCAGGAGUGCCGCUGCCGGAGGCUGGCUGGCCACGUGGCCGGGAGGGGCAGCAGGCCCCACUGAGGCAUCAGCUGUCGUGCCUGGCUGGUGGCUCCACUUAGACCUUCUCUGUCCUUUUGUGAGUGGGAGGCGCUGCUUCCCCCUCAUGCCUGGCCCUAACCUGGGAUCUGAAGUCGCCCCUGAUGGCCGAGUGCAGACAGAGAGGGAGCCUGGAGUUCAGGGGCACCAGCCCUACCAUCACCACCCUCCAGGGCACGGCUGUGGGUCAGUUCGUCCUCAGAAAGGGGCCGUCCCACCCCAUAGAGCAGCCCUGCAAUGGGUCAAGGCCAUUGUGGCCCUCACCUUGGGCCAUGCCCCUGCCCGAGAGGGCCUUUCAAACCUGUCGGGCAGCUGGUUUCCUGGGUCUGGCCCAGCCAGGAUACUCCAUCAGGUGUUUGUCUUUGCUCUGCUCUAGUUCUCCCAGAAGUAACAGCCGUGUAGACACGGGCACAGGGAUGUGCUGCCCUAGAGCCAGACUCUCCAGGGUGGCCCCUGGAAAGACCUGGCCUCUGUUGUCCUGUGGUCCUGAGGGCUGGGCCUGGGAGCAGCUUGUCUGUUGUGGCGCGGACAGGCCAUCUGCACGGUUCGCUUUACACCCCUGCUAGCGGCAGAGACACCCCCGCCCCGCCCCUGGGGCCCAUUCACUUCAGAGAGUGAGCGUCCUGUGCACCACCCUAGUCCUAUCAUUCCUUCAUGCAUCCGUUCAGCCAGCCCCACCAGGGAGACGGGUACCAUUGUCCCAUGGACCUGCUCCAGGGGCCCGAGGCUGAGCACACCAGGUCACUGGGGUUUCUGGGGCGGGCAGCACGUACUCUACAAACGCUCCGUGAGCAAAACUGCCUUGCCGGCCCUGGGAGAAGCCACUCAGUGUCUGCACUUUUGGGGCCCCCGGGGCAAACCUUGAACUCCUCGGUUCUGAGUGGCCUUUGGCUGCAGAGACUCAGGUGAGCCAGAAAUGUCACUGAGAUCAUUUCCUUUCAGUCAAGUUGAAUCCCAUUAUGAGCCCUGCCAACCCAGUUAAGUCUCAGUUGUUAUUGGUGUCUCUCCUUCCCCCCGACACCCACAUGAAGACAUGCAAUGAACAGGGGUGGGAGGGAUCCCACGCAAAACGUGCAGGGGGCUCUCUGCUCCUGGCCCAUGGUUACCACUGAGACACCCUCUGUCCAAACCCAAGGAGCCCACGAGGUCUGGCUCUUUCCUUUGACUGGGGCCCUGGUGCCCAGGCACAGCUGCAUCUCUGCCCCCAUCCUGUCCCUCUGCAGGGAAGCCACCACCACUAUACACACACACUCACGUACACACAGGGCGGGGAGGCCUCAGGCAGCCCCUUUCCCUCCCCGGUUCCAUCGUCCACCUCUCUUCAAGGAGCACCAGCUUUUAGAACAGAACCCACAGGAGGCUGGCCACAGGCUCCUUCCCACCACUCGGCAGAAACCUGGAGGGGCAGGAGCACAAGGGCUUGACAAGCCUGGGAGAUGCUCAGAAGAAAAACUACAGUGAGAACAGGGCCCCAGUCAUCUCUGUGCGUUAUUGGGCCACAUGAAGGAUCUCACUGUUAAAGGGGUUGUGUCUUCACACACCCUCACCUCCUCAUGGCCAUUGGGGAGGGUCCCACCCAGCCACUGCCAUGCUCUCUGCAGACUGGAGGACACCUGCCAGUGGCCUCAUGGGCCACAUUCAGUUGCUGGCCCUGGGACACCCCUAAAGUCAUCCCUCCACCUCAGUGGACCCCCUCCCUCACCUGUGAGGCCCUCCUCUCUCUGCAUCUCAAGAGAAUAACCAGACCUCUGGGCUCCUGGGGCAUGUACUGUGUAAUUUAGAUAAAAGUGGUUUGAAAACAUGCUAUUCAUUCUCUGAAUGUGAUAAUACGUCUGCCUUGAUAGGUCAGAUGCCACAAGCUCUUUCAUCGGCGCUUUGACAUUGAACAAAAGAGAGCACUUUAUAUUUUGAGUUGUUAGAGAGAAGGGCUUAAUGGUUUUCUAAAUGGUUGUUUGGAUGCUGAAAUUAAGUUGGUGCAACAGGGGGAUAGUGCCACAGGCUGGGUAUAGCAGCCCCUCAGGAGGGAGAAACAGCUUCAAAACCCCCUCAACCAGUAAGAGACAUGUGCAGUUCAACAAAGUGGGAAACCUUCAUCAGGGACCAAACAGAAAGUUCACGGGGUUCAUUGAUUACUGGCCAUGAAUAAACACAAAUAGAAAAAGACAUGGGGGGUCCUAGUGGCCACAAGUUAACGGUUAGUGAGCCCAAUUGUCCAGCAAUUUUAAAACCUAACAGUAGAAUAUGGCAAUGGGCAAGGCCCAGGAAGCCCUCUGGGAUAGGAGGUCAGAGCUUUAGAUCAGUUCACUGGAGAACUAUGGCCAGUGCCUGUCUGGACACCAGCUACAGGGGGAUGGAUAGAAGAUUCUGAGAGGCACAACAAAUGACUAAAAAGACCUCAAAGGGUAGAGGACGGGGCCCUGUCCAAAAUAAAGACUGAAGGAUAGUAAAUGUUAUCAAGAGUUUAUGACUUAAUGACAAGAGUGGCAACUAGCUGCUCUCCACUUUUCUGGUGGGGAGAGCUGGGCAGAGGCAAUUGUGGUCACAGGAGGCGCUGCCAAAGGGCUGGGCUUCAGGAGAGCCACGCUUGAGUCACCGACCUCUUGGUGUCCCAUCCCCUCUGCCCUCCAGGACUCUUGGUGUGGACUCGUCCCUUGUGGGAGAAGCCCAUCGUUUGCAGGGCUCCUUACUCUGUCCAAGGUGCAUGAGCACAGGGAGUGUAAGGGAGUGGGGAGUUUUGGCCGUUCAUGUGAGCUCAAUUGGGAGCCCGCGUUCCGAUGUGGGGUCUCAGUGUCCUUCUGUAAAAGGAAAUCCAAGUGUACUUAAAGCAACCAUCUGAGACAAAAAAACCAAUGAGGAGUACACACAGUGGGGGGAGGGGGAUGACAGUCCUCCCAGGGCACUGUCUGGUAUCCAGGCCCUGUCCUCUGUUCUGCCCACCUCCUGCCCCUAUUGGAAAACUUUAGAAACUUUAGAAAAAAGGUGCUGGAGACCCUCAGACCUCUGGACAGGUGCCCUCUGGGGGAAUCCCACCCACCUACCCAAAUGGCAGCAUCCGUUCUAUUUCCAGGCACAUUCUGCCUUUCUCCAAAGCCCAGGCAUCCUUUGGGUUUUCUGAUAAAUCCCCAGGUUCUGUCAAAUGAUUCAUUUAGAUGGGAGUUCCCCACCCCCAUUCUUGGUCUUAGUGCUUCACAGGGCCACAUGACUGCCUGAGCCAGGCUGAUAAAUAGCAGAAUUUUAGGGCUCAGAGUCAGCAGCCUGAAGCAGAGUGGCAAGGAGUGGGUGGGAGGUAUCCAGUGCACAGGGACGCAGGGGUGAAAGCAUUUCCAGGAGAGGUGAACUGCUGGCUUCGAAGGGGCAUGAGACAAAGAGCUCAGCUCUUCCCCGCGUUGCCUGGAAUG